UUAGAGGAUUAACGAUAUAAAAGAGCACCAACCAUUCUUCUUCGGAGGAGUGGAAGCCUAAGCAAAAGAGACUUUGUGGGGGACCAUAAACUGCGAUAGACUCUGUCUCACCGGAGCCGCCAUCAUGCCUCCUCGAGAAGAGAGCGAGGAAUCCGAGAGACCGUUACUGAGUAGAGCUCACGAUUCGGAGGAGGAUAUACUAGAUGAGACAGCGUAUGAUUCGAGUGAAAAGGUUGUGAUCGUGGGGAUCGAGGACGGUGACGGCGGAGACUGGUCGAGGGCGCCUCCGUUUUCAUGGAAGAAGUUGUGGCUGUUUACGGGGCCUGGGUUCUUGAUGAGUAUCGCCUUCCUCGAUCCCGGGAACCUGGAGGGGGAUCUGCAGGCCGGCGCCAUCGCCGGGUACUCGUUGCUGUGGUUGCUCUUGUGGGCCACGGCGAUGGGGCUUUUGGUGCAGCUGCUGGCGGCGAGGCUCGGUGUGGCGACAGGGAGGCACUUGGCGGAGCUGUGCAGAGAUGAGUAUCCGAAAUGGGCGAGGAUGGUGCUGUGGGUCAUGGCGGAGCUGGCUUUGAUUGGGGCUGAUAUUCAGGAAGUUAUCGGGAGCGCUAUUGCUAUUAAGAUUCUUAGCAAUGGAGUUUUGCCUCUUUGGUCUGGCGUUAUCAUUACCGCGUUUGAUUGCUUUAUCUUCCUAUUUCUUGAGAACUAUGGUGUGAGGAAAUUGGAAGCAGUUUUCGCAGUCCUCAUUGCGACAAUGGCAAUCUCAUUUGCAUGGAUGUUUGGUGAAGCAAAGCCCAGUGGCGUAGAACUUCUUCUUGGUAUUUUGAUCCCAAAACUUAGCUCCAGGACGAUAAAGCAAGCUGUGGGAGUUGUGGGUUGCAUAAUCAUGCCUCACAAUGUAUUCUUGCAUUCUGCCCUGGUUCAGUCAAGGGAGAUUGACCACAGCAAGAAAGGCCGGGUUCAAGAAGCCCUCAAUUACUACUCCAUUGAGUCCACUGUUGCCCUCGUAUUGUCCUUCAUUAUCAAUCUAUUUGUUACAACUGUGUUUGCAAAGGGGUUUUAUGGUACGGAACAAGCCAAUAAUAUCGGGCUUGUAAAUGCGGGCCAGUAUCUUCAAGAGAAGUAUGGAGGGGGGUUUUUCCCAAUUCUAUAUAUAUGGGGUAUUGGGUUACUAGCAGCUGGUCAGAGUAGCACAAUUACGGGCACCUAUGCAGGGCAGUUUAUCAUGGGAGGUUUUCUAAAUCUGCGUUUGAAGAAAUGGAUUAGGGCAUUGAUCACGCGAAGCUGUGCCAUUGUGCCCACUAUGAUAGUUGCUCUUGUUUUUGAUACCUCUGAGGACACUUUAGAUGUUAUGAAUGAGUGGCUUAAUGUGCUUCAGUCUAUUCAGAUCCCAUUUGCACUUAUUCCCCUUCUUUGUUUGGUGUCCAAGGAGCAGAUCAUGGGGACUUUCAAAAUUGGCCCAGUUCUCAAGGUGGUGGCAUGGCUUGUGGCUGCCCUGGUGAUAAUAAUCAACGGGUAUCUUUUGGUGGAUUUUUUCUCUUCAGAAGUGAAUGGUCUGUUGAUUGGCUUUUUCAUAUGCACUUUCACAGCUGCAUACGUUGCAUUUAUUAUUUAUCUUGUUUUCCGGGCUGUUAACUUUUGUCCUUGGCUCCCCUUUCUAUCAUCAAAGAGGUUAUCAAACACAGGGAGCUGAUUGAUCAAUCUCCUCCCAAGCCCAUGUUAACUGCAGAGUAUUUAAAAGUGAUCCAUAUUUAUUAACUGCAGCAAUCAUAGAAGCCUCUCAAAAAAACUGCAUCUACCCAGUUCUUUUUUCUUUCUUGUCCUUGUCUUUUUUCGAUAGUCAUGUCCUUCAACCUUUCUCACAUCCUUCUUGAGAUCAGUUGUGCACAGGAGAAUAUUAAACAGGGGCCAUGCCAUUAUAGUUCAUGUCUGCCUUAUGAAACAACUCCAAGGAGUUCUUUGCUUUGUAUAAUAGAACAUGUUUAUUAUUUUUCUCAUUGUGUACAGAGGACUGAAAGAAGCCAAGCUGAACAUACUUCAUUUCUAGAUUCCUUUUCAAACA